AUGUUGUCUCUAAUUUUACUUGUUUUGUGUCUAAGUAGUUUUCCAUUACUUCUGUUCUUUCUGAAACAUAGAAGAGCCAUUAAUGCACCUUAUCCACCUGGUCCUAGAGGGUUGCCAAUAAUAGGGAACCUUCAUCAGCUAGACAAUUCUAUUCUUCAUCUUCAAUUUUCAAAACUUUCAAAAAUAUAUGGACCAAUUUUUUCACUUCAACUUGGUUUAAGAGCAGCCAUUGUUGUUUCUUCAGCUAAAAUUGCCAAAGAAAUAUUUAAAGACAAUGAUUAUGUAUUUUCUAAUAGGCCUAUAUUAUAUGGCCAACAUAAAUUGACUUAUAAUGGGUCAGAAAUCAUAUUUUCUCAAUACGGUGAAUUUUGGAAAGAUAUGAAAAAGACUUGCAUUGUUCAUAUUUUGAGCGCCAAGCGUGUGUCAUCUUAUUCAUCUAUAAGAAAGUUAGAGGUGAAACAAAUGCUCAAAAAGAUUUCUAAUCAUGCUAAAUCUUCAGUUGUUACAAAUUUGAGUGAGAUGGUAACUUCUCUCUCAAGUACAAUAAUUUGUAGGAUUGCUUUUGGGAGGAGGUAUGAGGAUGAAGGAAUAGAGAGGAGUAAAUUUCAAGGGAUGUUGCAUGAGUUAGAGGCUAUGGUGACAGCUUUCUUUGUUUCUGAUUAUAUUCCAUUCAUGGGCUGGAUUGAUAAACUAUCUGGACUUCGUGCACGUCUCGAACGAAAUUUCAAGGAGAUGGAUGAGUUUUACCAAGAGGUUAUUGAUGAACAUUUGGAUCCAAAUAGAAAACAAGGAGAUGAAGAGGUUAUUGUUGAUGUCUUACUCCAAUUGAUGAAGCAACGUUUGUUUUCAAUAGAUCUCACUUUUGAUCACAUCAAAGGAGUCCUUAUGAACAUGCUUGUAGGUGCAAUAGAUACCACAUCAGCCACAGCAGUUUGGGCUAUGACUGCCCUAAUAAAAAACCCAAGAGUAAUGAAGAAGGUGCAACAAGAGAUUAGAAACUCAAGGGUUGAAAAAGAACUUUUAGAUGAAGAUGAUAUAAAAAAUUUUCCGUAUUUAAAAGCAGUGAUAAAAGAGACACUAAGAUUGCACGUACCUGCACCAUUGCUUGUACCAAGAGAAACAAGGGAAGACUCCGUUAUAGGAGGCUACCAAAUUCCGGCAAAGACAAUAGUUUACGUGAAUGCUUGGACUAUUCAAAGAGACUCUGAUGAAUGGGAAGAUCCCGAAGAGUUUUAUCCAGAAAGAUUCUUAGAAAGUUCUAUAAAUUUUUUCGGAAAAGAUUUUGAACUAAUUCCCUUUGGAGCUGGCCAGAGAAUUUGCCCGGGUAUGUCUAUGGCAGUUGCAUCAUUGGAACUUAUCCUUGCUAAUGUUCUUUAUUUCUUUGAUUGGGAACUACCACAUGGGUUGCUAAAGGAAGAUAUUGAUACUGAAAGAACGACAGGAAUCACUCAACACAAGAAAAAUCAUCUUUGCCUUGCAGCCAAGUUUCCUAUGAAGAUGUGA